AUGAGACCAUGGGAUGACCACCUUGAAGAAGAGACCCAAUGUCAACAAGAUCCCUUGUCCAACUACAUCAAGUUCAGGAACUGGGUGAAGUUUGAUAUUGUGGGCUAUGGUGGCUUUGGGCUGCCCCUACCCAAAUUGGGGCAAGAGGAAGCCUUUUACCAGGCACUGAAGAAUGCGCACCCUGACCUCCACGUCUACGAGAAGGAGGAGUUUCCAGAACACUUCCAUCUCGCUAAACAUGACCAAGUUCUGCCAAUCGUGAUGUAUGCCAACUCUGGUUACAGUAUCAAUGGGAGAAUUAUAAUAUGUUUAAACAAAGGCAGCCAUGGCUUUGAUAAUGUCCUCAUGGACACGAACACCAUAUUCAGAGCUUUCGGGCCAGAUUUCAAGAGGAAUCGCCUGGCCGCGCCUUUUAACAGCAUCCACAUCUACCCAUUCGUGUGUAAGCUCCUGGGAGUCACCCCCAAACCCACAACGGCUCCCUGGCAGUCACCCAGGAAAUGCUCAUGAACUCUUACGACCAGCAGCCAGGUGAGACACAAAAGCAGCUGCCAGAAAACUGUCAGCAGAGUCUGCUCUGUCUUGAGAUAGAAAAGAAUCAAAAAGGGGUCUCAUGGUGGGGAGGAGGGAAUUCAAGCAGAACAAUCCUGUUUCCCAGCAGCUUUGGAGCCCCAGGAACAAGACGUCAACAGCUCCAAACAGAUAGCACGGGAGGUAGGGAAUCCCUCGACCUGCUGGUAACAUUUGACAUAGUGCCUUUUAGGCAAAGGGAAGGUGCUCUAUAGAGAAAGUCGGGCUGUAAUCCUUCCGGUCCUAAGGAAAUCACUGUGUACAGUCUGCCCCCAAGAUGCCCCUUCCAGAUAUGGAAAUCAGCCCUGCUUCAAUAGCACAGAAAGCUCUUCAUAGGGGAGGAGCAAAACCCUACUCUUUCCUCGAUGCUGAAAAAAGGAGAGGGGAGAGUCUGAAACGAGACUGCAAAUUCUCAAGACUUCAAACCCCUUCAAUCUGGGUAAUACAAAGGAAGAAUAAAAUCAUCUCAGAAUUUGCUAUUGCCUUCUUUUGUGGGUUGUUUACAAACACUGGCUAUCUUUCCUUUUGCCAGGAGAGACGUGGAUACUGUCCAGUGAUCUAAUGAGCGCUUAAAGCAAUUACAUGCAAAAAGGAGUAAGGGGCUGGGCACAGUGGCUCAUACUUGGGACUUUGGGAGGACGAGGUAGGAGGAUCACUUGGGGCCAGGAGCUUGA